GAUCUCCCGGUGUGUAAUGCGUGUGUGUGCGUGUGUGUGUGCGCGCGCGUGGGGGUCCCACCAGUCUUCUCUUGACACAACGACACAACAAUAACGGGGCAUAUGCACACUGUUGUGUUGGAUCAACCAUGAAGAGUGCACUCUGACGAGGGAACGCCCUAUUGGAUGUACACGAUCCGCGCUCUGACCUCAUCAGCACAAGUGCCUCAACAGAAAUGUCUCGGAAGAUGAUACGCUGCUACUUUCAGAGGAAGUCAGAUGAUGUCAGUGAUCCAGUUAAGGGCUGAAGGACCCAGUCAGUCGUCCUUGAGCAGUGAUCGGGUUAAACGUAUUAAGAAUCGUUCAGAUGAUUAAAAAGAGGAGACUUUUGUGGGAAACUUUGAGAGACAGGAUUUAGUUCUGGUCGGUCUGACAGCGCUCCCUGACCCGGGCGGGCGGACAUCAGCCUGCAAGACAGGCGCACAUCGAUCGUGUGCUCGGGGUAGAUGAAGUUGACUGCGCUGGAGAUUCUUCACUCGACUGGUUCAGUCUGCGUGUUUACAUCUAGCAAUCCAACAUGGCGGUGGAUGGAUUGUCCCGCGGCUCCCUGACGUCUCCUGAUAAACUUCUGUAUGGUUCCGGUCACUGAUUCAUAAGUCAUCGUCCAUCGCACACCUUCACCGUCUUCUUUGUUUAGUUCCGCUUUUGAAAACUACUCGAACAGAACGUGUCUUGUGUGUAAACCGAACGAGCCGGCAAGCACCGGGAUCCUCGCAUACCAGAGGGACGAUGCUUCCGAGCAGCAGGGGCUCUGUCUCGACCGGAGGUCUGGAGAUGAGUCCAGCUGCACUCCAGAGACUGGACCCAUAUAUCAGAACCAUCGUGGACGAGACGAGUCAGGUGGCGCUGUACACCUUCAACAGCCAGUCCAGUCAGUGGGAGAAGACGGAGGUGGAGGGAACUCUCUUCAUCUACAACAGGUUGACAUCGCCCUGUUACGGGUUCACCAUCAUGAACAAACUCAACAUGCAGAGCGUGACAGAAGCCAUCACCCAAGAUCUGGAUCUUCAGCUGCAGGAACCUUUCCUGCUGUACCGCAAUGCUCGCUCGGUCAUCCAUGGGAUCUGGUUCUAUGAACGGUGGGAGUGUCGUCGGGUCGCCGACUUGAUGAAGCUUCUGAUCCAGCAGGAGCAGGUUCAGUUCCAAUCUCAGACCAACGCUUGUGAUCCACUGGACAGAGCAGCAUUGGACAUUGUUCGGAUGCUGACCAGAGCUCAGAGCCAAGCUGCUUCUUGGCCACAGAAGAAGGCCUCCUCAGAACCAAAGGAGAUACGGGUCAGUGAGGAUCUUCACCGCAACCUCAUCAAGCCCAUCCCUGUCAAACCAAGCACUAGGGAUGCCAAGUCAUCAGGAUUGAAAUCCAUCUCCCAGAACAAACUGGUCACUUCCAAUGCACCCGAUUUAACAGCCGCUGCGUGGAGAUGUUGCCCCCCAGUGGCCGGUAUUCUUCCUGUACGGAAGAAUACCGGCCACCGGGGGGCAGAAGUCCUGUCGGGAGACCGGAACCAGCAGCUGAACUGUCCAACUCUCCAGAAGCUCCCGAAGGGUCAGUGGGGCACCUCACUGCCACCAACUGAGAACAGUCAUCGCCAUCAUCUUCAUUCCUCCUCGCAUCGCAGUGGAAUGCAACAUGUGCUGAGCCCAUCCAGACCCUUGCACCACUCUGAGAGAUUCUCACAGGGAUCAGGUCUUCCUGUAGGGUUUCUGUCAUCCCAUGACCUCCUCCAGAAGCUGCAGCUGGUCCAGCAGCAGCAGACGAGGGUCUGCCUUGGUCUGGCCACCUCCCAGAAGCAUGACCGUGUCUAUUCUGGUCUUCAGUCUGAAGCUCAGCUGCAGGUAGUCUGCCCUGAGAGGUUCCCUGCCUCUUCAUCAGCACCCACCCUCCUCCUCUCGCCCAGUGUCUUCGAGCAGUUCCAGUCCAGUCGCCAUUAUAGGGUUCUGUCCAGAUCCCAGCUGCAGGCGACGCUACUACACCUGAUCCAGAGUGACUCUUCGUUCCUGGACAACAUCUACCACGCCUACAUCAGCCGGUCAUCCAGCGUCUGUAGCAGCAAGUAGCAGCGCGCACGCACCAUGGAAACAGCCACAGAAAGUGUCGAAUCUAUGACUGACUCUCCUUUUUUUUCGGUCACUGAAAAAUGCAAGAAGUGACCAUUUAUUUGUUUUUAUGACUAUCAGGUCAAUUUUCAGCUCAGGUGUUUUUACAGUGAACUGUCACGGACACGUUUUCAUGUCAUCACAAAACUGCAAUUAUCAAAAAUAUUAAUAAUAACUAGGACCUUGCGCCUGUCUUAACCAAGUCACUGUUAUUAAACUUUUAUUAUAAAUACAUGUAGUCACUCCAUAUCCAUAAUUCCAAAAAACAUAGAAAAAAGUUUGUCUCCAAGAAUAAAUCAUUAUAUUUUAUUACAAACCUGAUUAUUCUUGGAAAUUUGCAUAUCUGCCAAUUGGAAUUCUCAAAAUCCCACCCAAACUUUAUUGUAAUUGAAAUAGAAUGAAUUAUCUUAUUUUCUUUCUGAAUAAUAUAUAAUUUGUUAGUCUUACUUAGUAUUGCUUGGAAUGUGCCUGUAUUUAAAUUACGUUUUUACUGCCUACAGUAUUUUUGUAUCAAUUUUAAAAAAAGCCAUCACUGCAGUCCAGUGUUUAGAAACACACUGCCAAAGCACCUCCUACAGUGCGUUGUUAAAUGUGAGUUGUUUGCUCAUUGAAAUGAGAGUAUAAAGUUCAACCACUGCUCAUUUUAUUUUCAUGCUUGAACUGUAUUUUCAAAAGCUGAGGGAGCCACAACUGAUGUUUAGCUUCUAGUUAAGUUUUGUUUUUCAUUGUGGACCUGCUACAGUAUGAAUGGAAAACAAUGGUGCAUUCAACCAGGUUGCACUUUAUUUUAUGUGAGUAUUGUAAAGGUUAACUUGCUGUUAAUUCAGUCUCAGGUGUUGGUUCUAAUUUUUUUAUUUAAAUAAAUU